UGACUGACCUCAACACUUAGCACAACAGUGUCCAGAUCGUCCAGCUGUUUGAUGUGGGCACUGAAUGAACUCAACUUUCCAGCUUCACUUUGCUGGAAACGGGUGAGCUCUGAGGUCGCGGUGCCACUGGCAACUUUUUGUGACUUUUUUGACUGUCACGGUGGAUACAGACCCACAGAUCACCUCUGGAAUAUCUGAGAGACAUAUGCAGUGAUUUUUUUUCUUUUAUUUCAUACAUAUUCAGAGACACUCAUUCCCAAUCAAUGAUGUCUGCAGCGUGUUAACGUGCCUCUGAGACUGCUGUUUAUCUGCAGAGCUCGUCUGGCCUCGUUCAAGAGCUCCUGCCAAGGUCUUCAUAUCUGUGUAACGCGUGUAACCGACGAGGAGUUUUGUGAGUGAAAAUGGCGCCCGCUGUUGGUGGUCCUCAAGGCUACACACCACCUGAGGGUGGCUGGGGAUGGAUGGUGGUAGCCGGGGCCUUCAUCUCUAUUGGCUUCUCCUAUGCAUUCCCCAAGUCCAUCACUGUCUUCUUUAAGGAGAUUGAGGUGAUCUUCAAUGUGACUAGCAGCCAGGUGUCUUGGAUCUCUUCCAUCAUGUUAGCAGUCAUGUACGGCGGAGGUCCUAUCAGCAGCAUCCUGGUUAAUAAGUAUGGGAGUCGUCCUGUUAUGAUUGUUGGAGGAUGUAUGUCUGGAUUGGGCCUUAUUGCUGCCUCUUUCUGCAACUCUGUUCAAGCUCUCUACUUUUGCAUUGGUGUGGUGGGAGGUUUGGGAUUGGCCUUCAACCUCAACCCUGCCCUCACUAUGAUUGGAAAAUACUUCUACAUGAAGCGGCCAAUUGCCAAUGGAAUAGCUAUGGCUGGCAGCCCUGUCUUUCUCUCCACCCUGGCUCCUAUAAACACCUGGCUCUUUGAGAAGUUUGGUUGGAGAGGAAGUUUCUUGAUCCUGGGUGGCCUGCUCUUCAAUUGUUGUGUUGCUGGUUCUCUCAUGCGGCCCAUAGGACCGAAACCCAAACCUGCAGAGAAGACCACAGAGAGGAGGACUGUAGGGCAGAUCAUUAACAGCUUCAUCGACCUCUCUUUGUUCAAGCACCGUGGCUUUUUGCUGUACAUUAUGGGCAAUAUUAUCAUGUUCUUUGGUCUCUUUGCACCACUGGUGUUCCUCAGUAAUUAUGCGAAGAGUAAAGAUAUCCCUAAAGAGAAGGCAGCUUUCCUUCUGUCUGUACUGGCUUUUGUUGACAUGUUUGCCAGGCCCUCAAUGGGAAUUGUCGCUAACACUAAGUGGGUCCGGCCCAGAGUACAGUACUUCUUUGCUGCGUCUGUGCUGUACAACGGCGUUUGUCAUGUUCUAGCACCAAUAUCAGUAGACUACAAAGGCUUUGUGAUUUAUGCCAUCUUCUUUGGCUUUGCUUUUGGCUGGCUCAGUUCAGUGCUGUUUGAGACCUUGAUGGACCUGGUGGGAGCCCAGCGCUUCUCCAGUGCUGUUGGGCUGGUCACUAUUGUGGAGUGCGGUCCUGUAUUGUUGGGGCCCCCUUUGCUUGGGAAGUUCAAAGACAUCUAUCAUGAUUACAAGUACACAUACCAGGGCUGUGGGAUCCUCCUCAUCGUCUCCAGUGUCUUCCUCUUUGCAGGAAUGGGACUAAACUAUCGACUGUUGGAUAAAGAGAAAAAAGAGGAGGAGAGGAGGGCCAGGGUGGGAGGUAGAGAAAAGUCCAACAGGGACAAUGCUGCCAAGGGGGUAGCAGAAUCUAGGAACACAGAAGACACUGUCUAAUGCUCUCUACAAUGUUUAUAUAUAUACAUACCUAAAAUGUAUGUAUGUGUGUGAAAAACAAAUGGUUAAGGACAGCGGUUGGACAUUCUUCAGAAGUCAAAGCCUCAUACCUUUACUUGCAAGUCCAUCUAAAAUAUUUACACACCAUUAAGCCCUUUAAACUCUAAUAAGCAAUCCACAUAAAAUACCUCUAAUGUGCUUAUAGGAACUGUUCUAUGUGUUCGGUAGACUAUUCGGCUUUGUUUAGCCUUUAUAUCACUUAUUGUGUAUGUUUUAAAUCUUUGCUUAUGUCACAAUAUCCUCUCUAUAGCUUUUUCUGCAGCACACAUUUAUAGUAUUUUAACUUUCUAAAUGUACCAUCAGAUAAUUAAAAUUAUUUUCAAGGGGCAACAUGCAAAGUGUGUGCACUGUUUUUUAAAGUGACCCUAACAUUCUCUUUGAAAGUGCGUAAUUACAGUGUUCACCUCACUUUGCGUGUCAUGUCAUCAUCACAUUUCUAAAGACUUUCUCUGCUUACAAGGACCUCCUAGCAUAUGUGCAGUAUUGGAAGGUUUGAAAACCCCCUUGGUGCCACUAUCACUGUGUAUAUUGCAAAUAUCUUACUAACUCUCCUCUCUUUAAAGUAAAAAGAAGAAGAUUUCUCUUUAAUCAUGUUUUACUGGAUUGAUUGAUGAUUAAAAUUAAUUUGGAGUGCAUUUCGAUGAUUUAUAUAUUCACUUAAUGGGAACUGUGCCACUGACUGCAAAUUACUGUACAAGAUGGAACACAUGUCAGAAAAUCAAAUAAACUGACAAGAACCCAAAA